UGUGUUAAGGUUGAUAAAUGAACUAUUGCGAAAUGGGGGUGAUUAUUGGUGCAACCAACCCGGUAAUCCUCCUCACCUUCAAUGUAGGUGAAGUCACAAUGAGGAACUAAGAUUGUGUUCUGGCACAAUUCCAAGAGAUGUCCCAGGGACCCUGAAUCAUCAUACAGCUCCUAUACACAGAUGGUGUGGGGUAGGACAGAAGCUGUGGGCUGUGGUUACACUCGAAUGAAGUAUGAGACUGACGUUAUAGACACCCUUGUUUGCAAUUAUGGACCUGGAGGCAAUAUUGAAGGAGAACCUGUAUAUAUAAUAGGCCCAGCUUUAUCAGCGUGUGAGGAUGACACAUAUUUUUCUGUCUACUAUAGAGGCUUAUGUCAGAAAUUUUAUUAUCGAACCACUCCACAUGUAAUUACACCAAUAGCUUCACUCACAGCAUUAGCUACAUAUAUUGGCUUCUUUUUGUUUUAUCUAUGUCUUAUAUACUACUUGUGGCUAAGCCAGAGAUAUGGUAAAUUAAAAAAAUUAACUACAGGGACAGGCAAGUUACUUAAAGUAAAUGAGAAAGACUAUGUUCUUGCAGAUUACUGA